AUGGGCGAUAUCAUUUCGACGAUUUCGUCAGCGAUCACGUGGCCGAGUCUAGCACAAGUUUUAUUUUUCGCCGAAGGAUAUCAGUUCUUUGCGCAUGGACUUCUUCUCACUGGAGCGAAAUGCAUGCCGCUCGAUUUCGUCGAGAAAAUUGGACUAGGCUUUAUUCUCCACGAUGUGGUAACCACAGCUUUUGCGUAUAACUACACUCGUAAAUUUCCAAUCAUCGUGGGGCUUCAUAUGCUCGAGCAUCUUUACUUUUUGAUUCGCUGGAAUGUCGGCAAAUUUUCGAGGAAAUUUCAAUACUGGGUCUCCUACGAUUGGUUUCAAAACAACGGCUCAAGCGCGAUUGAAAUCUGGCUCGGAGUUUUCUACGACAUGUCGACUCAUAUUUUCAUGAUGUAUGCUCUCAAAGACGAAGUCGGCAAAAACGACUUGAUUGUCACUACAGCUGCCUGUGCGUUGAUGUAUCUUCUUAUUCCGCCAACAGAGGUUCUUCCUUUGGUCUCGCCCUCAUCUGCUCCGGAAUGGGUCAAGAAACGAGCAUUUCAAAAAGAGGAAAUUUACACCAACAAGAAACACCAAUAA